AAGAAGCUCAGAGAGAGGUGUUCUUCGUCAUCUCUGAAUCUUCUCUCAAAUUUUGUCUUGGAGGGCCUUAACCCUAGCGAGCUUUUGCUCCUCCACUUUUCUUUGAAACAGAGAUGGCUUCUAUGGCUGCGUUGACUCUGCCGUCUUCUUCUUCGUCGUCGUCGUUGUCGUCUCUGUUCUCUGUUGGCUCCCUCGACCAUGGUGCUUUUGUUUCGAACGAGUCUCGCAUUCGAAUGUGUUCCAAUGGCGGAGUUAGAUGUGAUCUGUCCGAGUCUUUGAAGCAUGUGAACGGUAAACCAACAAUUCCAAUUGUUACUGAACGGACGCUACCCAAGUUCUUGGAAUCAGCACGCAUGGAGCAAAGAGUUGAUAGAAGUAGUACGCGUUUGAAAUUGUUUUCUGGCUCUGCAAAUCGUUUACUUUCACAGGAAAUUGCCUGCUACAUGGGGCUGGAGCUUGGAAAGAUUAACAUUAAGCGGUUUGCUGAUGGUGAAAUAUAUGUUCAAUUGCAAGAAAGUGUUAGGGGAUGUGAUGUAUUCCUAGUACAGCCAACCUGCCCCCCAGCUAAUGAGAAUCUCAUGGAGCUUUUAAUUAUGAUAGAUGCUUGUAGGAGAGCCUCGGCCAAAAAUAUUACUGCUGUGAUUCCAUAUUUUGGAUAUGCUAGAGCCGAUAGAAAGACUCAAGGGCGUGAAUCGAUUGCUGCGAAGCUUGUUGCCAACAUCAUUACUGAAGCUGGGGCAAAUCGUGUUCUUGCUUGCGAUCUUCAUUCUGGACAAUCCAUGGGUUACUUUGAUAUUCCUGUGGAUCAUGUAAAUUGCCAUCCCGUGAUUCUUGACUAUCUUGCCAGCAAGAGGAUUUGUUCUAGUGAUCUGGUAGUGGUUUCUCCUGAUGUUGGAGGAGUUGCCAGAGCACGUGCUUUUGCUAAAAAAUUAUCUGAUGCACCAUUAGCCAUAGUGGAUAAGAGGCGCCAUGGUCACAAUGUUGCUGAGGUAAUGAACCUGAUUGGUGAUGUAAAAGGAAAGGUUGCAGUUAUGGUUGAUGACAUGAUUGACACAGCUGGAACUAUUACAAAAGGGGCUGAACUGCUACAUCAAGAGGGGGCCAGAGAAGUUUAUGCUUGUUGCACCCAUGCUGUUUUCAGCCCCCCUGCCAUUGAGAGGUUGUCCAGUGGCUUUUUUCAAGAGGUGAUUGUUACAAACACAAUUCCAGCCCCCAAAAGUCACUUCCCUCAGUUGACAGUCCUCUCAGUCGCAAACUUGAUGGGUGAAACCAUUUGGCGUGUUCAUGAUGAUUGUUCGGUGAGUAGUAUUUUUCAAUGAUGGAAUUACAGAACUUCAGUCUGUCGCUACUCCCUUAUUUGUGGAGGUUCUGUGGCCAGCUUAUUUUAUAAUUGGCAUAUAGUUAGUUCCCGUUAAUGCGACAAAGAAAAGGAAAAAAAAAAAGAACCGCCCUUAAUUUAUAGCUUGGACUAAGUCCUUGGCUUAAUGCCAUAUUUACUAGAAAAAGGGAAAAGGAGAGGGAGGGUUGCCAAUCUCAUGACAGAUUAUAUGUAAUACUAGGAGGUAGUUAGCAUAAAUUACUGCUUUUCAGCAUUGGAAGUGAGCAUUGUGAACUCUAAAUCAAGGUUUCCUGUCAUUCAGUUUCCUUGAAUGUAUAAAUAUUUGAGUCUCAUUUUCAUUGUGUUAAAUGAGAAGCAUUUGCAAUUUUGAGUC